UGUUGAGUCCGCUGAACACACCCAAUGCACAAAGUUCUGUCACAGACUUUGAUCUUUCUCACAGUCUGAUGUUUCUGUGAACGCAGCUCUGUUAUACCAUGAAGUAUUUUUAAAGUGUAUUAUUUGCACAAAUUAAAAAAUCAUGAUUACAUUCGUCACGAUGUUAUCAUCAAUAAUUAAAGUUAAUCAUAGGAUGGUGUUAGUUCAAUUUUAUAGUUACGGAAUUUUGGCAUGUUAGAUAUUGAAGUUAAUUGCACAUCGUCAGUAUCGCGAUAAAACAUUUAACAUUUUUUAACAUUUUACACUCAGCAUGCAUAGGCAUGCACUCAACUUGGCACAAUUGCCAUGGAAACAUGAUUCUUCCAAACAAAACUUGUGGCGAAUGUACAGAACACAAGUAAAUCACAAAACCAAAGAAUAUGAAGGCCGAAAAUUACUUCUCAAUGGAGAAAAUGUACUACGUGGUUGCUGAUGUAGAAAAUUAUAAGAAUUUUUUACCUUUUUGCAAGAAAUCGGAAAUUACUUUCAAAACCAAUGACUUCCUGAAAGCCAAUUUAGUAAUUGGAUUCCCACCUAUAAACGAAAAUUAUACUUCCACGGUAACUAUGACGUAUCCAAGAAUAGUUAAAGCUGAAUGUAAAGAUGGCAGAUUGUUCGAUCAUUUGGAUACCCUGUGGUUGUUCAGUCCUGGACUGAAAAACAAUCCUGAGACAUGCGUGAUUGAUUUCUCCUUGUCCUUUGAAUUCAAAUCUGCCAUUUAUUCUCAUUUAUCAAAUUUAUUCUUCAAGGAGAUUGUAAGGCAAAUGGAAAACGCCUUUAUUGAAGAGGCCAUAAGAAGGUAUGGCCAACCAUGUUUAAAAACAGUACGGCUGCAAAGAUGACAAGAAAUAUUUUUAGAAACCAUUGAUUAUAGAUAAUAUUUGUUUGAUUUAAUGAAUUUAUUUAUUGUUAACCAAUACCUUUUAAAAUAAAUAAAUGUGAAUUUCAUACAACAGAACAUAAUAUAUAACGAAACUUCAUAUAACAAAAGAUAACAAAUCACAUUUCAACUAAAACAAUUAUUUUAAAAUAAAUGUUUAAAUACUUGAAGUAAAUUUUUUUGAGAAACUAGUCCAGUCAUCUUCGAUUCAAUCCAAAGUUAUAUUCUCAAUAUAAAAAAAGUAUGUAAAAAGUAAUCCCAACGUGUCAUCAAAAAAUACUAUUCAAGAGAUGGUGUUAAUAAUUAUUAAUCUUCUUGUAUCAACAUUUUGCAUUAAUCUUUUUUAAAGAAUGAUUUAAAUUUGACAGAUUUGGUAUUUUAUUAAUUUUUAAAGUUCGAUUAUUAUGCAUGAUUGUAUCUCAGGGUACAAGUUGAAUAGUGAAAAAAUAUUUUUUUUUAGUAUACUAAAUUAUGUGCUUUAGAAAAAAUGACAAAAAGCCAUGUCAAAGUAAAACAAUUACAGCAUGCAAACAAUUUGUAUGUGAAAAAUAUUUUAAAAACAUGAGAGAAAAAUUAUUUGAUUCAAAUGUAAUUAUAAUUGGUAUUUUAUGGUACAAACAAAAUUAAAAUGUGGUGUUGUAUCUACGCGAUUUUCUUGAACAAAAAUAAUAAAUAAAAUAAAUCUAUGAGUUUUUUUGUAAAUUGCAUAAUUUACACAAUAGUAUAUUAUUACUAUAUUAGAUUAUUUACAUGUUUAUAGCUUCCUAAAUCUGUUUUUCUUAAUAUUUUUAUUUCAUAUUUUAACACAAGAAGGUUACUAGCGCCAUUUAUGAACUGUAAUAAUUUAGAUACACUUUAUUCAGUCGGAGAGAAUUGAUCUAGUCAAAUAAACUUCCAUAAUAUUUAUACCAUAUAUUUUAUGAAAUGACGUUUGGGUUAUGGAAAAAGUCUUUUUACAAAUUGAAGCAUAAUUAAAACAUUUUUUUAAUUUGUUUAUAAAUCUUUUAUUAAACUAAAUAUGUUCCGUUUUGAUUGAUAAUCUACAAUUUUUUCGGGUAGAGCCAUAUUAUUCUACCAGUGUAGAAUUUCCAGGAUGUUUAGGUAAAAAAACUAAGACAACUGAUUUUUAGGCCUCUUUUGAAAUUACUCCAUUAAGAGAGUUCUGCAAAGACGGAAACAAAUGAUAAUCUGAUGAUACAAAGUCAGUAUUAUAUAGUAGAUGCAUCAAAAUUUUCCCAGUCAAGCUCUCUCAAUUUUUGUCAAGUCGUCAAAGAUGUGUGUGGUCUAGCGUAGUCAGGAAGACAAUGCUCUUUCUAUUCUAUGAUUAAUUUUUGACAGCUUUUCCUAAACGAAUCGCUUCAAUCAUAUUGGCACUAGAGAUCAGAAUCAAUCGUUUUGCCUGGCAACAGUUCAGUGGGCAAUUCCCUUCUAAUUCCAGACACACAACAUUAUUUUCUUUGGCAUCAAACAACAGGCUUUGUGAUCGUUUGUAGUGUGUCACUUUGCUUUCCACGUUCUUUUUCGAACAUUAUUGUCGUAUGUUCCACUUUUCAUUGCCCGUUAUCAAUCUUUUUAGAAAUGGCUUAAUUUUGUUUUAUUUCAGCAGUGAUUGACAAACGUAAAUUUGGUCCAUUAAAUUUUUUAAGUCAUGUAACAUACAUUGUUUUUUUUUAUAUCUAAUUUUAUGCAAAUGCUCUAAAACGAUUUAUGAUCGAUAUAUUUAACUCUUAGCUAUGUCACAAUUGCUCGUACGACGAUUUUCAAUUUUUUUGGAAGAUUUUAUCAACAUUUUCCAUAAUAGAUUAACCAGAGUGAGAUGCAUCUUUGACAUUAAAAUCGGAGAAACCAAUUAGCUGCUAUCUAAUUAGAGCCUAAAUAUAACCAAGUUUUUCUUUGGUUUGUAUAGUAUUUUUACCUUUUCUAUAAUAAAAAAGUAAAAUGUCGAAAAUGUUCUUGAAUUUCACUUAUUUCCAAAUUUGAUUGAAUGCACCAAUGAAAUUUAUGAUCUAUUUUAAAAUGUUCUAUGAAAUCGCAUUUUUCCAAAAUGAUAACUUAAUAUGUUACAAAAUAAUGCCAUGUCAAAAAUCGAACAAAUCUCCAUCUAGCGAAAAGGACCUUGCACAAUAUAUCAACAUAUGAAAUUUUUAGAAUUCCACCGAAAUCCAAUUUCUAUAAGGAUUGUUCUUUAUAAAAAGGAUUUUGUCCUAAUACAAUAUAAGGAAUCAACAAAUUAAUAGUAGACAAAGCAAUAGUAGAUGCCGUAUACCUGUAAAAAAAAGUGACACAAAUAAAAAUUUUAAAAUUUUGUUUCAUGUGCUGAUUAUGUUUUAAAUAUAUCAGCUUUUAAUCAGAAAAAAUGAUACAAGUAAAAUUCAAAUAAAAAAAGCGAAAAAAAAUGAUAAAAAUUAAUAGAGUCUCAUCAAGGCUGCAUUUGGAAAUAUCUCCCGAGUGUCUUCAUGUAUUAGUUUAUCUUUGUUUAAAUCAAAAUGCACAAUAUACAAUUGAGAAAUGUUUUUAAAUAUGUAAAUAAUCAUUAAAUUAGUUUAAAGUUUUUUGCAUCAGUCAUUGAUAUUUUGUUAAUCAUCACUCAUAAUCACAAUCAUUCAUAUGUAAUUACGAAUCAUAAUUGUGAUAAAAUUUAGUGAUAGAAUAA